ACCUUCCUCCGUUGCCUCCUCUUCCGCGGCCCCGUCGCUGGGCUUGGCUUUACCAGUGGCGGGUUCCCACACGGGGGCUAGACGCCGCCACCGCUGACCCCGUCUACACCGAAUCCCCGCGCGAUUUAACCCCUCGCCUCGCUCGCCGCCUCCGCUUCCAUACAACCGCGCACUCCAAACGCGCACGCGCUGUUCGUUCCUCGGCCGCUCUGUCCACCCCCGUCCUUCUCCGCCCCCAACAGAUCUCCGCCGGCCGUGCGGUUCCUUAAUUCGCCUUCUCCGGGACUGUCGGAUCUCCGCGGCGGCUGGGGAUGGGCAACUGCUGCGUGACGCCGAAAGCAGCCGACGACGCCGGCGGCGGCAAGAAGCCCAAGGAGCCGAAGCAGAAGAAGGGUAAGAAGCCGAACCCCUUCUCGAUCGAGUACAACCGCUCGGGGCAGGCGAGCGCGCCAAAGCUGGUGGUGCUGCGGGAUCCCACGGGGCGGGACAUCGCGGCGCGGUACGAGCUCGGCGCGGAGCUCGGGCGCGGCGAGUUCGGGGUUACCUACCUCUGCACAGACCGUGCCUCAGGGGAGGCGCUGGCCUGCAAGUCUAUCUCCAAGAAGAAGCUCCGCACCGCCGUCGACCUCGAGGACGUGCGCCGGGAGGUGGAGAUCAUGCGCCACCUCCCCAAGCACCCCAACGUCGUCACGCUCAGGGACACGUACGAGGACGACAAUGCCGUGCACCUCGUCAUGGAGCUCUGCGAGGGCGGUGAGCUCUUCGACCGCAUCGUGGCGCGGGGACACUACACUGAGCGUGCUGCCGCCUUGGUCUUACGCACUAUCGUUGAGGUCGUGCAGAUGUGCCAUAAGCAUGGAGUGAUGCACAGGGAUCUCAAACCAGAAAAUUUUUUGUUUGCAAACAAGAAAGAAUCAGCGGCACUUAAGGCCAUUGAUUUUGGCCUGUCUGUAUUUUUCACUCCAGGCGAACGGUUUUCUGAGAUUGUUGGAAGUCCUUAUUACAUGGCUCCAGAGGUGCUAAAGAGAAACUAUGGCCCAGAGGUUGAUGUUUGGAGUGCAGGAGUGAUUCUGUACAUUCUUCUUUGUGGUGUCCCCCCAUUCUGGGCAGAAACGGAACAGGGUGUUGCUCAGGCAAUCAUUCGAUCUGUCAUUGAUUUCAAAAGAGAUCCAUGGCCAAGGGUGUCUGAUAACGCCAAAGACCUUGUCAGAGGAAUGCUGAAUCCGGACCCAAAACGACGAUUGACAGCUCACCAAGUGCUUGGUCACCCAUGGUUGCAGAACAUUAAGAAGGCUCCAAAUGUCAAUUUGGGUGAAACUGUUAAGGCCAGACUCCAACAAUUCUCUGUGAUGAACAAGUUCAAGAAGCAUGCACUUAGGGUUAUAGCUGAGCAUCUUUCGGUAGAAGAGGCUGCUGACAUAAAGGAUAUGUUUGAGAAGAUGGAUCUUAACAAGGAUCAAAUGCUUAGUUUCGAGGAGCUGAAGCUUGGUCUGCAUAAGUUUGGUCACCAAAUGCCUGAUGCAGAUGUUCAAACACUAAUGGAAGCGGCGGAUGCUGAUGGAAAUGGGUCCUUGAAUUAUGGAGAAUUUGUUACAUUAUUUGUUCAUCUAAGAAAGAUUGGAAACGAUGAGCAUCUGCAUAAGGCAUUCGCAUACUUCGACCGGAACCAGAGUGGUUAUAUUGAAAUUGAUGAACUCCGUGAGUCAUUAGCUGAUGACCUUGGACAAAACCGUGAAGAGAUUAUCAAUGCCAUCAUCCGUGAUGUAGACACCGAUAAGGAUGGCAAGAUAAGCUACGAUGAGUUUGCGACGAUGAUGAAGGCCGGAACAGACUGGAGGAAAGCAUCCAGACAGUACUCGAGAGAGCGAUUCACAAGCCUGAGCCUUAAGCUGCAAAAGGAUGGAUCGCUGCAGAUGACGAGUACACGGUAGCCCGAUAACACCACAUAGGCAAGUUGUGAAUUACAGAUGGAAACCAUGUGUAGAUUUUUCUGGUUGUUUGUUGACAGCUCUUCUGCUUGUCCUGAUGUUCCAUUGCUUUGUAUUCUUCGCUUGCGGCCUGUUUGAAGGAUUAGGGGGGAUUGUUUAUGCUAUGAUUGUAUUUAGACUGCAUGAUCCAUGCCUCGCUCGUUUCCAAAGUGUACUGUACAAAAGAAAGAGGAGAAAGGGAUUAUGAGGCUCUGCUCAUUUCUUAA